ACCAACAGAGAUCCACUCAUCUUCACGACAUUGGACGAACGAUUUACCACUCACCGAGUGCUCGUGAACUCGUAUGAUUCUGGGAGAUGGAGGAAGAAGGUGGCGCGGACAAACCAGCUGUGUGAUAACCAGCAGGGGGUGUGUCUGCAUCAACAUCCUCUUAAGACUCCGGAGUGGGAGACGACACGCUGGAGCUCUGGCUGCAGCUGCAGCGACGAGGCGAGGGGAGUCAAAAACACGGAGCCUCCACCGUCUGCAGAAACAUGAUGGCUAAUUGAUUGAUUGACCGAUCCCUGACCUGCUUCAUCAAAGAAGAUGCUGUUUUCACAGAGAAACAUAGCACUGACUCUGCCUCCAGCUCAUCUCUUUAAAGGAAAGAUUCAAUUGUACUCUAAGCGUAUGAGGACUCUUGCUGUCUGGCGCAGCUGUGUGCUGUCCUAGUCAGGCAGGGAAGUGAAGACGCCCCUGCAGAGGCCGAGCUAUGGGCUGCGGAGGGAGCAGGACCGACGCUCUGGAGCCUCGCUACCUGGAGAGCUGGACCAAAGAGACAGAGUCUACCUGGCUAACGAGCACGGACACCGACAUCCCCCUGUCAUCAAUCCAGAGUAUCCCUUCGGAAAACUCUGAGGCCGGCUUUACGUCUGAGAAAACAAUGAGCCCCGUUCCAGAUUUCUUUGAAGAUGGCCUCCCUCCUCCCGCUCAGGCCUACCUGAAGGUUUGCUCAGCUGUGUCAGAGGCCAGUCUGAACGACGUGAAGCCCAGCAGCCCACCCUCUGUGCUGGCCUCUCCACAGCAGGACAAGAUGUCGCCUUCAUCAGGCACCACAGUGCAGCGCAGAAGUGUUUUACACACAGAAGAAAUUACAAAAUGGCAGGACAACAGAAUGUCGACCAAGCAAGUGACCAUCACCGUGACCCAGAGCAUCCACCAGGUGGACAAGAACGGGAAAGUCAAGAAGUCGCUUACAACUUAUGAGGUUAUGAAACCAGUGGAGACUUUGAAGCAGGUGACCACAUGAAAAGUCUGAGUACAAGACCCUGGAAGGAGUUCUGCAAAGAUCUAAUAGUAAAAAGAAAUUGCACGUGAAUCCACUAAACAUGCCUUGUUGGAGAUAUUUUGAUAGUCUGAUGGAUGCACAAGACUCAAUUCAGAUUUUGAUGAUAAUUGUGAUUGCAGUUUUAUGUGUUUCAUGUAAUUCGGCAUCUUAGAAAGACGUGUGUGUAAAGUAUUCAAUUGGACUAUGAAAAUACAGGAGAUUUUGGUGAUUUUACAGAACAACUGAGUUGGAGAAGAGAAAGUGAUGAAAAUCACUUUUGGGAUGCUUCUGAAAAAAAUAAAUGUUUAAAACUGUUUAAGUUCAUGUUGCUGAGCAUAAAGUAAGUGUAAACAUGUCAUAGUUCUCCAUAGGGCAUAAUGAUGACCCAGCUUACUGCAUCGUGUUGCUUUUCACAUUAGUGUUUACUUUCUAUCUGAUGACUUCUGCUCUUUAAUAAAGUUUAAAAAGGGUUUUCUAACAUAAGAAUAA